GAAAAUGCAGUCGAGACAGGUGUGAAAGCAAAAUGGCAGGAAAUAGCCUUGUUCUACCUAUUGUCCUUUGGGGUCGCAAAGCACCCACUCACUGCAUAUCAACCCUUCUGUUAAUGGAUGAUGUGUCAAUGAUUGUCACAGGAUGCCAUGAUGGACAGAUAUGUCUCUGGGACCUUUCAUUAAAUCUGGAGAUUAAUCCCAGAGCUCUGUUGUUUGGUCACACAGCCUCAAUUACUUGUUUGUCCAAGGCCUCUGCCUCCAGUGAAAAACAGUAUAUAGUGAGUGCAUCUGAAGGCGGGGAGAUGUGUCUCUGGGAUGUGAAUGAUGGGAGAUGCAUAGAAUUUACUAAAUUAGCCUGCACACACACUGGCAUACAGUUCUAUCAGUUUACAGUUGGGACUCAACGUGAAGGGAGGCUGCUAUGCCAUGGGCAUUAUCCAGAAAUUCUUGUUGUGGAUGCUACCAGCCUUGAGGUCCUGUAUUCUUUAGUGUCAAAGAUUUCUCCUGACUGGAUCAGCUCUAUGAGUAUCAUUAGGUCCCACAGAACACAAGAGGAUACUGUUGUGGCAGUUUCAGUGACUGGUAUUCUGAAAGUAUGGAUUGUAACUUCUGAAGUUAGUCGCAUGCAAGAUACAGAGCCAAUAUUUGAAGAGGAGUCUAAACCAAUUUAUUGUCAGAACUGCCAAAGCAUUUCCUUUUGUGCAUUUACGCAGAGAUCUCUUUUGGUAGUAUGCUCAAAGUACUGGAGGGUGUUUGAUGCUGGAGAUUAUUCCCUGUUAUGUUCAGCUCCCAGUGAGAAUGGACAGACCUGGGCUGGCGGUGACUUUGUAUCGGCUGAUAAAGUGAUCAUAUGGACAGAAGAUGGCCAAAGUUUUAUUUACAAACUACCAGCCAGUUGCCUACCAGCUAGUGAUUCAUUUCGCAGUGAUGUUGGAAAAGCUGUUGAAAACUUAAUUCCUCCUUUGCUGUACAGUGUAUUGGACAGAGCAAAUAAGCAGUUACUAAUUUGUCCUCCUGUCACUCGGUUCUUCUAUGGACGCAGGGAAUGUUUCCAUAAACUUCUAAUCCAAGGAGACUCUUCAGGGAGACUGUGUAUUUGGAGCGUGCCAAAUACACUUGAGCAACAAGACAUUGCUGAAGGGUUGCAAAUGACAGUUUCAACUUCCUUGCAAGAAGCUUUUAAUAAACUCACUCCCCAUCCUGCUGGAAUUAUUGAUCAAUUGAGUUUAAUACCAAACAGCGGUUAACCGCUCAAAGUUACAGCUAGUGUGUAUAUUCCAGCACAUGGACGCCUGGUUUGUGGUCGUGAAGAUGGAAGCAUUAUUAUUGUGCCAGCAACACAAACUGCUAUAGUUCAGCUUCUUCAAGGAGAGCAUAUGUUCAGGAGAGGUUGGCCACCUCACAGAGCUCUUAGAGGUCAUCGUAACAAAAUCACGUGUUUACUGUACCCUCAUCAGGUUUCAUCUCGUUAUGACCAAAAAUAUUUGGUAUCAGGUGGUGUGGAUUUUUCAGUCAUUAUAUGGGACAUAUUUUCUGGCGAAAUGAAACAUAUUUUCUGCGUGCAUGGCGGAGAGAUAACGCAGCUCCUAGUUCCACCGGAAAACUGUAGUGCAAGAGUCCAGCACUGCAUUUGCUCUGUUGCCAGUGACCACUCAGUAGGACUUCUGAGUCUACGAGAGAAAAAAUGCAUCAUGCUUGCUUCUCGUCAUCUUUUCCCUAUUCAAGUAAUUAAGUGGAGACCUUCAGAUGAUUACCUGGUGGUAGGAUGUUCAGAUGGAUCUGUGUAUGUCUGGCAAAUGGACACUGGUGCACUGGAUCGUUGUGUGAUGGGAAUAACAGCUGUUGAGAUCUUGAAUGCUUGUGAUGAGGCAGUUCCUGCUGCAGUAGACUCCCUCAGUCACCCAGCUGUAAACCUGAAACAGGCCAUGACUAGACGUAGCCUUGCUGCUUUAAAAAAUAUGGCCCACCAGAAAUUACAGACCCUUGCCACUAACCUUCUGGCUUCUGAAGCAUCUGACAAAGGGAAUUUGCCUAAAUAUUCACAUAACUCUCUGAUGGUUCAAGGUAUAAAGACUAACCUAACAGACCCAGAUAUCCACAUCCUCUUCUUUGAUGUAGAAGCUCUGAUUAUUCAGCUACUGACAGAAGAAGCAUCUAGGCCUAACACUGCAUUUAUUUCCCCAGAGAAUUUACAGAAAGCAUCUGGUAGUUCUGACAAGGGGGGCUCUUUUCGGGCUGGCAAACGAGCAGCAGUUCUCUUCCAGCAGGUCAAGGAAACAAUCAAAGAGAACAUAAAAGAACAUCUUCUGGAUGAUGAUGAUGAGGAUGAAGAAGCAAUGAGGCAGAGAAGAGAAGAGAGUGACCCGGAAUAUCGCUCCAGCAAAUCUAAACCAUUAACCCUAUUAGAAUAUAAUCUUACCAUGGACACAGCAAAACUAUUUAUGUCCUGUCUCCAUGCCUGGGGUUUGAAUGAAGUUCUCGAUGACAUUUGCCUUGAUCGCCUUGGGAUGCUUAAACCACACUGUUCUGUGUCCUUUGGUCUUCUAUCUAGAGGAGGCCAUAUGUCUCUGAUGCUUCCUAGCCAUAACCAGUUGAUGGGCAAGCCAUCCUAUGAUGGUGUAGAAUUAGCAAGGAAAAUGUCUAUUACAGAGGGACUGGGAAGGGGGACUUAUGGAGUCUCACGUGCAGUCACCACCCAGCAUCUCCUGUCUAUUAUCUCUCUGGCAAAUACCUUGAUGAGUAUGACUAAUGCAACUUUUAUUGGAGAUCAUAUGAAGAAAGCACCAACCAGGCCUCCAAGGCCAGGCACUCCAGAGCUGUCUAAAGUGAAGGCUCCUCCACCCCCGGUUUCAAGUCCUGCAGCUCAAGGGCAAAUUAAACAAGUUGCUCCUGCUGUUUCUGCUAGCACUGAGGCUGGUCACUCUGGCUCUGACCCUGUUCCUACUUUACAUACCUGUUUCUUAGUAAAUGAAGGAUGGAGUCAAUUAGCUGCUAUGCACUGUGUCAUGCUCCCUGAUCUAUUGGGAUUGGAUAAAUUUAGACCUCCUCUUCUUGAAAUGCUUGCACGCAGGUGGCAAGAUCGAUGCUUGGAGGUAAGAGAAGCUGCCCAGGCCUUAUUGUUAGCAGAACUGAGAAGAAUUGAACAGGCAGGACGGAAAGAAACAAUUGAUGCAUGGGCUCCAUAUUUGCCACAAUAUAUUGACAGUGUGUUAUCCCCUGGAGUGACAGCAGAAGCUAUUCAGACUGGUACUGCAAGUCCAGAUUCAUCCAGCACAGAAGCCAAAGUUCAAGAAGAAGAGCAUGAUCUGGUUGAUGAUGACAUCACAGCAGGUUGUCUGUCUAGCCUCCCACAAAUUAAAAAGAUAUCUACAUCAUAUGAAGAGAGACGGAAGCAAGCUACUGCUAUUGUCUUGCUAGGAGUAAUUGGAGCAGAAUUUGGAGCUGAAAUAGAACCUCCAAAGUUACUGACCAGACCGCGCAGUUCCAGUCAGAUUCCUGAAGGGUUUGGUUUAACCAGUGGUGGAUCAAAUUAUUCCUUGGCAAGGCAUACCUGCAAGGCAUUGACAUUUCUGCUGCUGCAGCCACCCAGCCCCAAACUUCCUCCACACAGCACCAUUCGCAGAACUGCAAUUGAUCUGAUUGGGCGAGGUUUUACUGUAUGGGAGCCAUACAUGGACGUCUCUGCUGUAUUAAUGGGCCUUUUGGAGCUCUGCGCUGAUGCUGAGAAACAGCUUGCUAACAUCACAAUGGGGUUGCCUCUGAAUCCAGCAGCUGACUCCGCCCGCUCUGCACGACAUGCUCUCUCACUCAUUGCCACUGCCAGACCACCCGCCUUCAUAACAACUAUUGCCAAGGAGGUUCACAGACACACUGCCUUGGCAGCAAACACUCAGUCUCAACAAAAUAUUCACACCACAACCCUUGCUCGAGCUAAAGGAGAGAUCCUAAGAGUCAUUGAAAUUCUUAUUGAAAAGAUGCCGACAGAUGUGGUUGAUCUCCUUGUAGAGGUUAUGGACAUCAUCAUGUAUUGCCUUGAAGGAUCCUUAGUCAAGAAAAAGGGACUUCAGGAAUGCUUUCCAGCCAUAUGCAGGUUCUACAUGGUCAGCUAUUAUGAGCGGAGUCACAGAAUAGCAGUGGGAGCUCGCCAUGGUUCAGUAGCCCUCUACGACAUCCGGACUGGAAAAUGUCAGACUAUCCAUGGCCAUAAAGGACCAAUAACUGCUGUUGCUUUUGCUCCUGAUGGACGGUAUCUUGCCACUUAUUCCAACACAGAUAGCCAUAUCUCCUUUUGGCAGAUGAACACCUCUCUCCUGGGAAGUAUUGGAAUGCUGAAUUCGGCACCCCAGCUCCGCUGCAUUAAAACAUACCAGGUGCCCCCUGUCCAGCCUGCCUCCCCUGGCUCACACAAUGCACUCAAACUGGCCCGGCUGAUCUGGACUUCUAAUCGCAACGUUAUUCUCAUGGCUCAUGAUGGCAAAGAACAUCGAUUUAUGGUCUAGGGUCAGUCUCUUACUAGAAAUACAUUUUUGGUUUAAUAUUCCCUGUAAUUUUCUCUUUCUUUGUCCUGUUAACGCCGGAUUACCCACACCAGUGCCUACGUAAGUCAUCCAGUGGAAUCAGCCAGACUGCAACAUUUCUGCAUGGUUCUCUAAACCAGCUUGUGCCAGCUGUGGAUUCAGAGGCAUGCAUGCCAGCUCAACAGUACAUAGUUAUUCUGUCACUGGGUAGGUUUGCCUAGCUAUUGAUAGGAGGGAAGAUGAUGGCUAUUGGGGAUGCUCCUGUUGCUCAGUGCAACAGAAGCUUAAAAAUCAGUAACACUGUGAUUGCACUCCUUGACUAGAUCAGCACAUUCAAGAAUCAAAAUCCCAGUUUUCGAGGUUGGGCUGAAUCUAGUCACUUUUCCAUUGGAAGUUAAAGUAAGGCACCGUCCCUAACUAUAAAUAUUAUUUUCCUUUUCAGUUUCUUAAAGAGAUUUACUGUUUACCAAAAAAAGGUUGUGUGUUUACAUGUACUUUCUUUGAGUGAUUGCUUGAAGUGGUCGCUGGCAUACAUGUCAUAGGGUUUACCAGUUGGCUCCUUGAUGAGGGUCUAACCGGUUUGAGAUUCAUGAGAACGUUCAUGAGGAACUGCAUUUUUAUGACAGAGUGAUGUAUUUUCAUUUUGAAAAGGCAUGCGUCUUCAGAAAAAGUUCAGGUUCAUUAAAUUGGAAGUUACUGUUUCUUGUGGCCUGGAAGAAAGUGUGAUCAGUCCACACGUAAAUAAAGAGAAUCUCUUAAAGAGGAAAGGACAAACUUGAAAAGUAUAAUACUGAUACACCAAGGUCUUUUUCUGAGUUCCCUUUGCAGCCACUGCAGGUGUUUGUUUCAGAAAAAGCGUUCUUCUUCCCAAAGCAGCUUCCAUUUCUGCUGGAUCUUCCAAGGAAGGUAUAAUCCUGCUUUUGUUCCAGUACAUCCUAUUACUGCAUAAAUUAUUGUAGUGUCACAAAUUGCAAGUUUAGCUUUACUGAAGGAACACAGGGAAAGAAUGCAAGCACUUAUGGGAUUGAGCAGAUAUCACUACUAUUUAGCAACCCAGACUAGGAAAAUUUUGGAAAUUAUUUUGAACGAUAUUAUUUGAAUAACAUAUAUAUUAGCAUUUCCCCCAAUAAAUGUAUUCCUUUGUAAUGGAAGCUCUAACUGUUCAUGUUUUUUCUGUUUUUACAUAUCUACAUUUUUUAAAUAUUUACUAGUGUGAAUAUAUAUUCUGGCUUAUGCUAACAGGAAAAAAUCCAUAAAAUACAAUUUAAUUUAAACAUGUGGAUGUAUAUGUUUGUAUAGGUUUUAUUUUCAUUCCAUUUUGUCUGGAAAGCUUGCAGAAGAGAAAAGGCACUCAUUCAAUUAUAGCUUGUAAAGUAAAAGUAGUAUUUGCAGGAAAAAGAGGAAUAAAUUAAUUUUUUAAUGGCUUCUAAAAUGCUUUGUGGGUUUGUUUUUUGGGGGACGGGGGUCGUGUUUUGUUUUGGAGAAGUUAGUCUGUUUAGUACACUGUACAGGAAAGUAGGAUAUACAGCCCAGAAUCAGCAUAUCUGUUGUUUACUAUAGUAAAAAAAUAAAUAAAAAUUUGACCAUUUGGAAUGUCACAUCAUUGCUGUAAAUUUUAUUCUUUCUAACUAUGGCCACAAUGUAGUUUCUAGUGGUGGUAAAAUACUGUAGUAGGACUUAGAUUUUUUUAAUGUGAGUUUAUGCAACAUGCAUGUAUAUUGUAUUUAUAACAAUAUAAAUGUAUAUGUAGCCUCAAAAACAGGAAGCAAAGACUUUCAAGUUACACAGUGACUUUUUGCCUUAGAGUCAGAUAUUAUAGUGCUAUGUUUUUAAGUAUAAGCAUAUGAGGAAAAUUAAAAGGUACCCAUCAUGCAUUCCUCCCUAGGCAUUCCACUCAUAUUUACUUCUCUUACACUUUUUUUUCAAGCACAUAUGUGUUUACUUUCAAAACUGAGAUGCAGUUACAGGAAAAAAUGGAUACAUUCCACUAUGCCACAAAAAAGAUUUUCUUUAAUACAGUAAAGGGUAGCUUACAUUAUAUGUACAUAAAAGUGGUUGUUUAAACUACAACUUUACUGGAUCAGAAAAAAGAAAAGAAAAAUGCCUGUCUGCUUCCAUACUGAAAAGCUCAAGGUAGCAAAAGUUAAAAAAUAAAUAAGCUAAAUUUUCAGAAGAUUAAGACAACUAGUAUUAGUGUCUAAUGUGUUGUAUCUAUAAGACAGUGAAAAUUGCAAUUCGUUCCAAUAUGUCCAUAAAAGCAGCCAAGAUUGCAAUUCAGUCAGAUUAGUGUUACUUGGCCAGGGACUAGAGGAGUGCUUGUGGGGCAGAAAUCUCUACCUGUUUAACAGAUAUUUGCAUAUUAGUUAAACACAAAUCUCCACUUUGGUGACCUUGUAAAACCUAGUCCCAAACUUCAUCGCAGUUUAGAUCUCUCAGUACUGCAGUAAAAUGUGUAUUGUCAUUCCAGUGUAAGCUUUUAGUGUUUUAUUGAUUUGUUAGUACUGUAUUUGGGCUUGUCCUUGUACAUGUAGAGACGUAUGUGGCUUCAUUGGCAGUUGACAAGCAAAAAUGACAUGAUGAGACACCUCUAUGAAAAUGUUGUAAUGAUUGAAGUCACUGUAUAUGGUAAAUGAUUAAAAUGUCUGCCUCUCAAGAAACUUCUUGAUAAUUCCACUUCAAAUCUACUGUAUGUACUAAAUGUCCCUGUGUACAUAUGUGUGUGGAAUAAAACAGAAUGGUAUUGAAGACUAUUGCUCCCAUACAAUCAUCUUAACUUUGUUAUGGUUCUCCCACAAAUGCAUCACUUGCCGAUGCACCUUUGAUAUUAACUGUAUUAUCAUCAUGUAUGGAAACUUUUUUUUUAACCUUUUUAUGAAGCUUAUAGUUCACUCAAGAAGACAGAGCUCCUCAAGAGACUCAAAGCCUCCUUAGCGAAAAGGAAGUUAGAAAUGCACUGAGAGAAAGUGGUUCUCUUAUUUUUUUUCAUAAGAAGCACGAUUCAACCAAAUAAAGAAAACGUCGGUCUUUUGGAACCUCAAUACUGCCCUCUGUAGUGCAUGUAAAGUCAUGCCGCUGCCUUGAUAACCAGUCCUAGAUCCUUUCUAAGCGGGGAAGUAAUUGAACCAAAUUGUUCAUUGAAAUUUUCUGACCUGAACUGCUCUCCCUUGGGGACUGAGCUGCAUUUAUUAAAUGUAUUAAAUUUCAUAUAAUACUUUGUUUGGGAUUAAAUUGGU